AUGUUUACCUCCUCGCUUCUAAGUGCCUGCCUCGCGCUGGUUGUAGGGUUUGUCUCUGCGAGCGUGCAGAUUAUCCCAGGCGCAACUAUCACUGCCAAGGGAACGAAUCAACACCUUCAAGCACACGGUGGUGGAAUCAUCGAAGUCAACAAUGUAUUCUACCUCAUUGGUGAGAACAAACUAGGUGGCUCUGCGUUCCAGAGCAUCAAUUGCUAUUCCAGCACGGAUCUCGUAACCUGGACAUUCGUCAAUAAACUCCUCACCCUACAAGGCUCCGGCGAUCUCGGACCCAACCGUGUCGUCGAGAGACCACAUGUGAUUUACAAUGAGAAGACCAGGAAAUAUGUCAUGUGGAUGCAUAUUGAUAGUAGUAAUUAUGGGGAGGCGAAGGCUGGGUGGGCUGUGAGUGAUAGUGUUUGUGGGAGUUAUCAGUAUUUGGGAUCGGCUCAACCGCUUGGGUAUCAGAGUCGAGAUUUGAAUCUGUUUAAAGACACCGAUGGCUCAGCCUACCUACUCACCGAAGACCGCGCCAACGGUCUCCGCAUCGACAGACUCUCAGACGACUACCUCAAGCCCGUAUCCACCGUCUACCUCUGGCCAGACCUAUACCAAUACGAAGCAUCGGCGAUAUACAAGAAUGGGAACACGUAUUUCAUGUUUGCAUCGCAUCAGAGUGGGUGGGAUCCGAAUGAUAAUGUUUACUGUACUGCUACGAGUCUGAGUGGGCCUUGGUCGUCGUGGAAGACGUUUGCGACGUCGGGGUCGAAGACGUAUAAUUCGCAGACGGCGGCAGUGGUUAAUAUUAGGGGGGUUGUGAUGUACAUGGGUGAUCGCUGGAAGAAAGAUAACCUCAUGACAUCCACCUAUGUCUGGCUCCCUCUCGAACUAUCCGGGACGUCUGCAUCAAUGGCUAACCGCGUAAACUGGAUCCUCAACAUCGGCUCCGGAAGCUGGGCCCCCGGCCCAAGCGAAACCACGCCCGAAGCCGAAUCCAGCAGCAACAGCCUCUCCGCAGGCGCCAAAUCCCUCGACUGCUCCGGCUGUUCUGGCUCGAAGGAUGUCGGAUAUAUUGGCGGUGGAGCGGGCGGCACGCUCACGUUUAAUGGGGUGUCGAGCACGGUGGCGACGACGAGCACGAUUAGGAUUGCGUAUAUCAAUGGGGAUAGUUCGCAGCGGUAUGCGAAUGUGGUGGUGAAUGGGGUGGGGACCGUGGUGGCGUUUGUGCCGACUGUGGGGAGCACGCCGAUGAGUAGUACGUUGACGGUGCCGUUGAAUAAGGGGUCGAAUACGAUUCGGUUUGAGGGGUAUAAUGGGGGAUGGGGUCCAGAUAUUGAUCGAUUGAUGGUGCCUGUUUCAUAA